GAGGCUGGAGGCAGCUGCGAACAGCCACCGGCAGCCGAGGUGGCAAGUGGAAACUCUGCCGAGAUGUUCAGCCAGGUGCCCAGGACCCCGGCUGCAGGCUGCUACUAUCUAAAUCCCUUGACACCUGAGAGCCAGGAGAUGUACUUGCGAUUUGAUCAGACUGCCAGACGCUCUCCCUACAGGAUGAGCCGGAUCCUAGCACGCCAUCACCUAGUGACUAAAAUUCAGCAAGAAAUCGAGGCGAAGGAAGCAUGUGAUUGGCUCCGAGCUGCUGGGUUCCCGCAGUACGCUCAGCUGUAUGAAGAUUCCCAGUUUCCCAUCAACAUUGCAGCUGUCAAAAAAGACCAUGAUUUUCUUGAAAGAGACCUUGUAGAACCUCUUUGCAGACGACUUAAUACGUUGAACAAGUGUGCCUCAAUGAGACUUGAUGUGAACUUCCAGAGGAAAAAGGGUGACGACUCAGAUGAGGAAGAUCUGUGCAUCAGCAACAAAUGGACUUUCCAGAGAACCAGCCGCAGGUGGUCCCGUGUGGAUGACCUGCAUACGCUGUUCACCGGGGCAGACAGAAACGGGUCCCCAGGAGGCCCUAGGAUGAGAAACACAGCCAGCCGUGAGAGCGUGCUCACAGAUCUGAGCGAGCCAGAGGUCUGCUCCAUUCACAGCGAAAGCAGUGGGGGCAGCGACGGCCGCAGCCAAUCGGGGCAUCAUUCUGCUGACAGCGCGCCUGCGCUGGAGGGCACCCUGCUCAACAGCAGCCUCCCUCAAUCUCCCCGAGACAGUGUCAGCCAGUCUUUUCACCCCAAGAAUGAGAAACCCACCAGGACCAGGGCCAAGUCCUUUCUGAAGCGCAUGGAUACCCUGCGAGUGAAGGGCGCACUCGGGAGGCAUAAGGGGCCAGGGCGGACAGGUGGCCUGGUCAUCAGUAGGCCUGUGCUGCAGCAGGAGCCGGAGUCCUUUAAGACCAUGCAGUGUGUCCAGAUACCCAACGGAGGUCUGCAGACCUCACCCUCAGCUGCCUGCAGGAAAGGCCUCCCAUGCUCCAAUAAGUCCAGUGGUGAGAACAGCCCUCUGGAAAGCAACAGCCACGUGAGCACUCCAUGCAUGAAGGAACGCAAGUGCCACCACGAGGCCAACAAGCGUGGCGGCAUGUACCUGGAGGACCUGGAUGUGCUGGCAGGGACAGCAAUACCAGAUACAGGGGACCAUGUGCAUGGGUUUCACUCCCAAGAGAACUUGGUGGUCCAUAUUCCCAAGGAUCACAAACCAGGAACGUUCCCCAAGGCACUUUCUAUAGAAAGCCUCUCCCCCACAGAUAACAGCAAUGGGGUUAACUGGAGGACCGGGAGUAUCUCCCUGGGUAGGCAACAGGGCCCUGGCAUGAGGGAACCCAGACUCAUGUCUUCCUGCCACAGGGCCAGCCGCGUCAGUAUCUAUGACAAUGUCCCCAGCUCACAUCUGUAUGCCAGCACAGGAGACCUGCUGGACCUGGAGAAAGAUGGCCUCCUUCCACAGCUGGAUGACAUUCUGCAGCACGUCAGUGGCAUACAAGAGGUAGUGGAUGAUUGGUCAAAAACCAUCUUACCUGAACUGCAAAGUCACGACGCAUUGACAUUGGCAGGGGAUCCUGGUCUGUCCCCGGUCCCGUCUCCUAAUCAGGUCACUUUAGAUUUUGAAGGCAACUCUGUCUCAGAAGGUCGGACAACACCUAGUGAUGUGGAAAGGGACAGGACUUCUCUGAAUGAGUCGGAGGCCACUGGGGUCAGAGAAAGAAGGGAUUCUGGUGUGGGGGCCUCUCUGACCAGGCCAAACAGACGACUAAGGUGGAGCAGCUUCCAGCUCUCACACCAGCCCCGGCCGUCUCCAGCCACCCCACACAUCAGCAGCCAGACAGCCGGCCAACUGAACCUGCUCCAGCGCUUCUCGCUGCUCCGUCUUACAGCCAUCAUGGAGAAAUACUCCAUGUCCAACAAGCACGGCUGGACCUGCCUGUCUGCACAGAACACCCCGGGGGCCUUGCAUGACCUGGUUUCUAUGAAUUCCAGGUCCGUUCCAAAGUUCAUGAAGAGGAUCAAAGCUCCUGACUACCGAGACAAGGCUGUCUUCGGUGUUCCGCUCAUAGUCCACGUCCAGAGAACAGGACAGCCCCUGCCUCAGAGCAUUCAACAAGCACUGAGGUAUCUACGUAGCAACUGUCUGGAUCAGGUGGGUCUUUUCCGCAAGUCAGGAGUGAAGUCUCGAAUCCAUGCCCUACGUCAGAUGAAUGAGAACUUCCCUGACAAUGUGAGCUAUGAAGACCAGUCUGCGUAUGACGUGGCAGACAUGGUGAAGCAGUUCUUCCGGGACCUCCCUGAGCCCCUUUUCACCAACAAGCUCAGUGAGACCUUCCUCCACAUCUAUCAGUAUGUCCCCAAAGAACAGCGGCUACAGGCAGUGCAGGCAGCCAUCCUGCUGCUGGCUGAUGAGAACCGGGAAGCCCUGCAGACACUCCUGUGCUUCCUGCAUGACGUAGUGAACUUGGUGGAUGAGAAUCAGAUGACGCCCAUGAAUCUGGCCGUGUGCCUGGCACCCUCCCUCUUUCACCUUAACCUCCUGAAGAAAGAAAGCUCCCCGAGAGUCAUCCAGAAAAAGUACGCCACUGGGAAGCCAGAUCAGAAGGACCUCAAUGAAAACCUAGCUGCAGCUCAGGGACUCGCCCACAUGAUCACGGAAUGCAACCGACUCUUUGAGGUUCCACACGAGAUGGUGGCCCAGUCUCGGAACUCCUACUUAGAGGCUGACAUCCAUGCGCCCAGCCUGGAAGACUUGGGAGCGCAGCUGGCAGAGAGCGGAGCGACUUUCCACACGUACCUGGAGCAUCUUGUCCAAGGCCUCCAGAAAGAGGCUAAGGAGAAAUUCAAGGGAUGGGUCGCAUGCUCCAGCCCUGACAACACAGACCUUGCUUUCAAAAAGGUAGGGGACGGGAACCCGCUGAAGCUGUGGAAGGCAUCUGUGGAGGUGGAGGCACCACCCUCCGUGGUGUUGAACCGUGUGCUGAGAGAACGCCACCUGUGGGAUGAGGACUUUGUGCAGUGGAAGGUUGUGGAAACUUUGGACAGACAAACAGAAAUCUACCAGUAUGUGCUAAACAGCAUGGUUCCACAUCCCUCCAGAGACUUCGUGGUUCUCAGGACCUGGAAGACUGAUUUGCCCAAAGGAAUGUGCACCCUGGUGUCCCUGUCUGUGGAGCAUGAAGAUGCCCAGCCCAUGGGUGGAGUGCGGGCGGUGGUGAUGGACUCUCAGUAUCUGAUAGAACCCUGCGGUUCUGGCAAGUCCAGGCUGACCCACAUCUGCAGAAUAGACCUGAAGGGCCACUCCCCAGAAUGGUACAGCAAAGGCUUCGGACACCUCUGUGCUGCAGAAGUUGCCAGAAUUAGGAACUCUUUCCAGCCUCUCGUUGCUGAGGGUCCAGAAACAAAAAUCUAAGCUUUCCCCAGCGUGACAUCAAACUCAGGGAACAAGAAGGGAAAAGAACACUCACGGUGUGGCGAGUUCACGAACGUGAAGGAAUGUCGCAGUGGGAGCAGAGAUCACGGAGUCCGUGGAGCCCGUUCCUAGCCUGCCUGGAGAUACAUAAUCCCUACUAAUAUAAUGUCUCAGAACAUAUUGCUUAAAAUCAAUGGGUUAUUCCUUCCGCAUUGCCUAAUUUGCUAGUUAAAGGCUUCUAAGAAGCGUGUCUUAGCUGUAAAUAAGUUUACUGUAGCAUUUGUAUAUGUAUGUAUAUCACCCUUUACUGUAUAUAUGUAAAAUACUCGUUUUAUAGAUAAUUCAGUGUCUGACUCUGUGAGUCUCCUCACAUGGCACUUCCCAGGUCGCCGUAGACCCCCAUGUCCCUCCAGUCCCCCCAGCUGAGCAGAGCCGGCUGACAAACACCAAAGCGUGAAAUGUGUAGUCUGUCAGCCUGCUCAUGCUUACCCAAAGAUUAGCUAACCAAAGAAAAAUAGAGUUAAAAGCUUCUUCCACGGGUUGGCCUCUUAUUUCUGACGUUUAAAGACUGGAGCAGGGUGUUGACAUAAAUUGAGGGAAAUAAUAUUUGCUUCUCUUUAACACAAAGCAGCAGGUUAGAGGUUAUUGCCAAAUCCAAGGCUGGAUCUUGCGUUGCCUCUGGGCCCACCUUAUGCAGUUUGAGUGAGAUGUCAGGUGACUGCUUGUGCUGGCACCAGGGACUGAAAUAAAACUGGUACCACCUACCCCCUACAUAGGGGUAAACAGUGGAACCUGUCCACAGAGCCAAAGGGAGCCCAAUAUCCUCUUGUCAUCAUGCUUUUUAACCAUCUAUUUGACCAGUGGCCUAUGUGGCCACAGUUAUUUAACACGUUCUUGCACUGACCUUGACUCUGGACACCAAAGUGAGAUGACCGUCCAUCAAGCGUCCAGGGUGAUCACCGCUUCAGGGAAUUCCAAGUAUCCAAUAGAUGACGCUCUUAAAAAUCUAAGCCAUUAAAAAUCUUGCUAUCUGAAAGACAGGGUUUUAAACAGGAGACCAAAACUGUAUCCUUAUUUAUAAAAGUUUCCGGCUGACGUGCGAAUCCCGUGUUUCUUCGUUAUCCAGCACCAGCACCUGGGCGUUUGACCCCAACCUUAUUUAUUAUUGUACAGACUCAGCAAACUGGUUUUCCCUAACCAAGUGAGGAUGGACUUGUUGUGUUUUUAUUGUGAUGCAACAUCUGUAGAGAGAUAACUUAUUAUGUCUGGCCUCCAGGAAAGAUUAUCUUAGGUUGUCUAGACAGAGAUUGAUAUCCUAAUUCAGCAACUGGUGUUGGAAGACAAGGAAAAAAACAAACGUGUAUUUCCCAGGGUUUUGUUGCUGUUCUGUUAUAUACACUGAUGCAGUGUUUUCUUUUAUCUGUGGUGUGCAACCGUUUUAUUGUGAGGAAUAAAGAUGUUUUCUGUAUAUUUGGUAUGGCACAGGGAAAGGGUAGGAGUUUUUCACUCUCUACCUGGGAGAGUGGCAGUCAGACCACAAAUUGCCUCCUGGGCAACGUUCUGUGGACUGGACAAAUUCACUUCUGCCAGUACAUCAUGCCUGCCAUGCUGGAUGACUGUUUAGGUAUUGUCAAGAUCAUCAGGAGAGCUUAGUCUGGCUCCACAUUGGGGCACUAUGCAUUGGAAACCAGAGUGGGCACCCCAAGAUGACUGGUGUUGUUUCUCAAGGAGCAUACUUGUUUGGCAUGCACUGGGAAUCACCUAAAGACCUUGUUAACAUGCUCCAAUCCAGGCCAUGUGGGUGUUCUAUAUUUCUAAUGAGUUGAAGGGAUGCAGGGUGCUGGCCUCAAGGACACACUUUGAGAAACAAGGACCUGGGGAAUACUAAAACGGAAUAAAACGAUAGGAUUGUAUUUUUUCUCAGCCCCUUACUCUUCCAGCUUAGCUGACUUUCUGAUUUUAUGAACAUACCAAUUACAUCACUUCUGCUAACCACAGGGUGUAUCUUAAAGGAAAGGGUGGGGAGUGAUGCAUCAAGCUUGUUUGUUAAAAACCACAGUAUUUUAUUCAUUGCUAUCUUGCUGAUGGAAAUAAAAAAAUAUUGCAUUUAAAUAUUAUAUUUAUACCUCAUGUAUAUUUUUACCUCAAUUGUUGGUAUCAAUCAUCCAUUGUAAAUAAAUAAUUGCCAAGGCAGAUAAAUUUAUAUACAUUAAAUAUUUACUAUUUUCUAUAAAA